CUCCCUCUCCAGUCUCCACCCCACCCACCUCUCACCUCAACCCCACCCCGCGAGCAACCCCCGGCGAUCUCCCCAAGAACCCAAGAACCCACAGCGCCAUGGCCAUGGCGCUAGAGCCCUUCUUCCUCACGCCGCCGCCCGCGCCGCGGCACCUAGCCGAGCUCCGCAUCGAGCCCGCGCACUCCGCGAUCGCUUUCUCCGCGCCCUGCGCCGGCGACGCUGGGCGGAAGCGCCGCUGCCUCCUCCCUUCCUCCUCCGUGCGCAAGAGGAUGCUACUCGAGCUGGCCCCCUUCGACCCCGCGCCUUGCGCGCCGCCUCCGCCUCCCCCGACGCCCUCGCCCACGCCGCCUCCCUCGCCGAUGGCGUCGCACGCGGGGUCCUCAACCGCCGCCGAGUUCUCGUUCGCGCCGGGGCUCCGGCCGAUCCUGCCGACGACCGCCGCAGGGAACAUGUUCGGGUUCGCCGAGAACGCGCCGACGACGCCGGGGAGAUCCGAGGCCAGCGGCGCGGGGAACAUGUUCGCGUUCUUGGCCGCGCCAGAGCGGCCCAACACGCCCACGGGCCCUACCUCCAGGGGCGGCUUCGUGUUCGCGGCUUCGCCUGAAGGGCCGCUGACGCCGACCUCCAGGGGCUCCAACACCAGUGGCCUCUCCCUCUUGGCCUCACAGAACCAGCCGUUGACGCCCACGGGCCCCAUUGCCAGCGGCCGCCAGCCGUCCUUGAUGCCCAACGGGAGCGGCGGCGCUUCCGCGUCCCUGCUCUCCCCGAAGCCGGCGCGCACGGGCGCUGCCGACAGCGGCGGGUUCGCAGUCGUCCCAUCGGGGCCGGCGUGGGCACCCAUAGGCUCAACAUCUUCCGCAGUAGCCAAGGAGACGACGCUCCCCACCGUGGGCCUCCCCACGCCGUCGUUCGUCUUCUCGGCCUCGCGGUCGCCGCCUCGGCCGCGUGGUGAGAUCAAGAAGCGGCGGCGGCCCAACCUCCGCAUCGAGACGGUCCCGCGCCGCAUGAGCCCGAGGCAAUGGGAAGAAGAGACGACGCCGACGCCGCAGCAGCUCACUCCGCCGCCACAUAAGCUCGCCAAGACGAACUCAUCCGACAACGGCGAGGCCUCCCGCUCGGGCAUCAUGUCUGGGCCGUGCUGUUUGUUCGUCACUUCGCCGGCCAAUGCGGCCAAGCAGGAAGCCAAGAAGGCCCCCAGCGAGGCAUCCCGCUCGCCGGCCGGGUCACGCUGCACGUCGCCGUCGAAGCGUUACUUUCUGGAGAAGCCGAGCAAGCCGGAGGGAGAGGUGGAAGUGUCCAGCGCAUCCUGCUCCGGGGCUGAGGUGGUGGUGCGCGUGACCUGCAAGUGCGGCAUCAACAAGGAGUUCAGCUUCGACCACCGCCCCUGAUCAACCAGCUUCCUUAUCCACCCCGACCAUCAGUUUCGGCCUUUUGUCAGAUCGGAUCGCCCCAUUUCUUUCUGCGGUGUGUUUUUUCUGGCAAUUUACUGGAGUAUGAACUGAAUAUAGGAAAAGGUUAACAGUACUAGGUUCAGAAAAUCAUGGGCCGCGUAGAAACUGUCUUCAGUCUCAAAGAGCUGUAGGAAUGUUGGAUUGCACUUAUUCCUUCGUCUGAACUCUGAUGAAUGUUUGAUGUUUCCAAGCUUGUCGUACAAUGCUGCUUGGUUGCUUUGGAUUGUGAGAUGUAGUGAAUCACAAUUAUUCUGCUGAUGCUGAGUCAUCGUUGUACAUGUUCAUUUGGAUGAUUGUCUGUAUAAUGCUGUUCAGUUGUGUGAACGGCAGACUUGAUCAGUUUAUAGACGUGAUUUCUGAACUGUAAAACAGUUCUGAAGAUCCAA